AUGCCAGGGCUAGAAUCCAAGUGGGCCACGGCCGAUCCAGAGCCUGUAAAGAAGGAAGCUCCUGUUUCUACCAAGCCAGCACCAAAAGCUCCUUCUACAGUCCAGUCGAAAUGGGCUACUGCUGAGCCUGAAGAGACUGAGCCCAAGAAGACCAAGAAACCUAAACUGAAGAACCACGAAAAGCAUCCAAAGCAAAAGGCUGAAAAACCACAUGAUGAUAGUUAUAAAGGCAAGGUUCAGGAACUUACGCCGCCUCAAAGUUCAGAGGGACACGAGGAUAUGCUGGACUUGGCCAAGUCGUUUGCCUCUAGAUUAGGUACUAAGGAUACUGAAGAACAGCCUAGUGGGAAUAGUAAGGGAAGGAGGAACCGUCGAAAAUCACAUAAUAAGCCUGCUGAGCCACAGCAGAAGGGACACAAGGAGGACCCGAAUGCCUGGGAAGACGUUUCAGAUGAGGAAGAGGAGGAUUUAUUUGAAGAUAAGUUAUAUGAAAAGGGACCUAUGACAGAUGCGGCCAAGGCUGUUUCUAUGAGAAUUGGCAUUGCUACAAAUGAACCAGAAGCUCCAAAGAAGGCCCAGGCGCCUAGGGAGCAGAAAGAGCCUCGAGGUGCUAAAGAACCAAAAGCGCCAAAGGAACCCAAAGAGUCCAAGGAGCCUAAGGCUACGUAUAUGACACCAAAGCAGAAGAAGCUAUUGCUAGAGAAACAGAAACAAGAGAAGCUUCGGGGCGAACAGGCCGAAAAGGAGAGAAAGAUCAGGGAAGAGGUCAAGGCCAUGUUUGACCAGAUGGAGGAUAAGUCCACGAACUGGGCCGAUAUCGAUGAUUAA